CAGGAGGGGAGGGAUUAUUUGGAUUGUUUUCCCAGAAAGCCAGAGACAUAUCUCAUCUAUUGAGUUAUUGUUGUGUUAAAGAAAAAACAGUGAAAGAUAACAUGGUGAACACAAAUCUAGAAGAAAACAAACAAGACCAUGAACAUGUUUAUGAUAGGUACAAAGAAUUGAAGCUUCUUGAUGAAUCAAAAGCAGGUGUAAAAGGACUUGUAGAUGCUGGUUUUACCAAAGUCCCUAAGAUUUUCAUUCAUGAUAAUAAGAAACAAACCAGUUCCACUUCCACCAAACUCAGUAUUCCAAUCAUAGACUUUGGACCUUUAGUCACAAGUAAUUCAUCAUCAAGUUCACGUUUUGAGAUAAUUGAGAAAGUAAAGCAUGCAAGUGAGAAAUGGGGUUUUUUUCAAGUGGUCAACCAUGGUAUUCCAUCUACUGUUUUGGAUGAUAUGAUUGAUGGGGUGCUUAGAUUUCAUGAACAAGAUACUGAAAUUAAGAAAGAGUUUUAUUCUCGUGAUAUUACUAAAAGGGCUUAUUAUAAUACCAAUUUUGAUUUGUAUGUUACUCCAGCUGUUAAUUGGAGGGAUUCUCUUUCUUGUGUUAUGUCCCCUCAACCUCUUGAUCCUCAGGAACUGCCUAUAGUUUGCAGAGAUAUAACAGUUGAGUACUCUAAGCUUGUGAACAAAGUGGGCAUGAUUCUGUUUGAAUUGCUUUCUGAAGCAUUAGGUCUCAAUUCAAGUUACCUUAAGGACAUAGAUUGUGCAGAAGGACUUUUCCUAAUUUCCCAUUAUUACCCACCAUGCCCGGAGCCAGAAUUGACUUUUGGUACCAGUGCUCAUUCUGACAGUAGCUUCCUCACUGUUCUCUUACAAGAUCAACUUGGUGGCCUCCAAGUUUUCCAUGAAAAUCAAUGGGUUGAUGUCACCCCAAUUCCCGGCUCUUUGGUUGUUAACCUCGGUGACAUGAUGCAGUUAAUCACAAACGAUAAGUUUCUCAGCGUUAAGCACAGAGUUUUGGCACACAAGAUUGGUCCAAGAGUUUCAGUAGCAUGCUUUUUCAGGCAGCAUCUUGCCCCUGAGAAUUCAAAACUAUAUGGACCUAUAAGUGAAUUGCUGACACCAGAGAAUCCUCCAGUUUACAAGGAAACGUCGGUUAAAGGAUUGGUUUCACACUACUAUGGGAAAGGGCUAGAUGGUAAUUCUGCACUGGAACACUUCAGGCUGUAAAGCAAGAGGAAUGAAAAAAUUGGCUAAUAGGAAUGGAAGAGAUUCAACAUGUCUUGUUCGUAAACUCUCCGAUCUUUGUUUUAUGAGUGUGAUAAUUUAUUUCUAUGUAAUUACUUUAUUUUCGAAGAACAUUUCGUGUAAACUAUACAAGUUAGUCGAGGAUCGAGUAAGAACUUUAAAGUUUACAUAGACCAAGGUGGUGCUAUCUUGUAUAUGGCAUUCACCACGGUUAAAAAAUAGUUUCCAUUGUCUUGACCUUUCAUCGUAUUGAACUUCAAUAAUAAAUAGUACUGCAUAACUCGUACUAUCUAUCCUGCAGAUUAUCAGAUA